AUGCGCGCCAAAUCGCAGUUGCAACGGUUCGACGAGAUGAUGACUCGAGUCGGCUGCGGCACCAUCACCGGAAUCCCGCUGUCGCCCAAUGAACAGGUCCUGCGAGCCGUCUGUAAAUGCAACGUCGAGGGGAAGCCGUGUCGCGAAUUCUACCGCGUACCGGCGAUGUCGCCAAUCGCCUUCGCAUGCGACGCGCCCACCGAUUCCUACAAUCGUAUGCCACCCACCCCUGCUUGCCAUAUAACUUCCAUCACAUAA